AUGUAUGCUUGAAAGCUUCUUCUGUCUGCAGUGGGACCAGCUUGGCUGCAUGGAUCCGUUAGUUUCACACUUUUUCUUCAAGCGAACAGACCAAGCGUGUGGAUUUAAAUCAAACAAAAUGUGUGACUACCAACGCGAAUACUCCUUUGUGCUGGACGACAGCACCUUUGAAGGCGAUGUCUCGAUGGCGAGCAUUGACAGCGGCUUUGAAAGCAUGUGGGUGCAAGUCGCCGAGGAGCUGCGCCACGAGAGGGAAAUAAACGAGCUGGACCAACUUUUCCAACAAAAAUUGAGCCUGAGUCCGCCAGCACAAAAACAUGGAGAUCAAUGGAUGUUUUAAUGAACAUCCCAAAAAGACGACGACUUGUGAUGAUUUUAUAAGCUUACCCAGAUAACCCAGAUUUGUCACACAAAAUGACCUUCGCUGGGGCAUUUUCGAUAAGUGCCCGAAGUCUUUGUAUAAGCAAAAGUAUAAGUCCCUAUAGGUUUUUGUACACCGCGUUCCUUAAAGUUGUAAUUUUCGUUAUCGCGCAGUUAUCUGUAAAUUGUAUUCAUUCGUUAACUAUUACGCGUAAUGUUUUCUGUUAAAUUAGCAACUAUUCGACUUAUACCGAACCUAAGUUGGUCCUGUGUAUGGGCGCUCACUGAACAAAUUGAACAUACGGCAAUUGUUUGCCUUCGAUUUAUAUUUAUUUUAUUUGGAAACAACUUCCUCAUCUCUCUAGGAGUUCACCUAUUGUAUAUAAAAGCCAGAAGGAAGUAUCGUACAUCCUUAGCCCACAUGAUUAUCAGAUAAAGUUAUCAAAUUCCAAUUGUUUAUCAUA